AGGGAUUAACUGGAGUCUCGUGGAAUGAGCAAUGACGGAGAUCAUGGUUGAUGCCAGCAAGGAGCACAAGGGGACCAGGGUCUCGGUCGCAGGAAACAGCGGGGCAAAAACCCAGCAGUCGCAUCCCACUACUGAAGAGGCUCUCGGCCACGAGGGACGUUUGGGAGCUUCUGGAUGUCCAGCUGGAGCAAGUCAAGAGGCUGCUCUCGUCGCGCCAACCAGGGGCAUUCAUCGUUGCUAGAAAUGGGAAGGACGAUGCCAAGACCCUCUUCCUCCGGUUACCCGAAAGUGACAAUAAGGUUGUUGACCUUUUCCUUCUUGAAGACAAUCCAGCCCUUCACCUCAAAGGUUCUCACCUGUAUUUCAGAAACCUUUUGGAACUGCUCGGCUUUCACUUUGUGAGCAGGGAUAUCCUGCCCUGCUUGCUCAGGAUCCCGCAUGCUUUUCACUUUCCUGGCAGAGCUGAUUUAGAUGCAGUUGCCACCUUGAGCCCAACGUUCUGGCCGAUGCCUCUCAAACCUACCAACGGCCCGGCCUCAGACGACGCAAAAGCCGGCUGCAUGGAACCCAACGGGGACCUGCUGAAAACCAAGCAGCCCUCCUGCUCCAUCCGCGUGACGUCCGAGGACCCCGCCCUGUGCAUCGUGAACCCCCUCUUCUUCUCUGUGCACAGCGACAUCGAAUGGCUCGACUUGGCCCCCGGCCUCUACCACUCGAUACGCAGGCGGGGGUCCCAGCGGUUCGCCAAUGGCUCGGCCAGGCAAGAAGCCCCAGUUAGUGUGGAACAUCUCAAAUCUCUGGAAGAGAAAGAGAAGACGGGGAAAGAGCCUCCGCCCUGCUUAGCUUCUGUGCAAGGGGAUUUCCUUCCUUGCACACCAUCCUGGGAGAGUUCGGAAACCGAGGCCCAGCCUCCGUGGUCUCCCACCGUGUCCCAGAAGGAGACCCGCGCUCCCCACCGCGUUUCCUGGGUGGAAGGGAUCUCGGCCGAGGCUUUUCCCUGCUUAAAAAAGGCCCGCUCUGAGUCCUUGUUGUUGAACGACUCCUUGUUGCUGCCUCUCAUCCCGGAAUUGGAUUCGCUCUCCAUCAGCAGCGUGGAGGACGAGGGCGAGGGCCCUCCUACCACCCCUUCACCGCAGAAGAGGCGGCGCCCUUCCUCCGUCACCUUCACCCACAAGGUGCUCCACCGUCUCUCGGCCAUGAGCAGUGCCUUGACGGGCUUCCUCUCGCCCGAGCGCCGGGUGGCCAAGCGGGUCCAGGAGCUGGUCCAGGAGCCCACGUCGGACGUGGGGGGCCUGGUGCAGAACUUUGUGGAGCACAUCCAGCGAGGAGCCGGGUCCUGGCAUCCCACCAGCACCGACAUGCUGCAGGAGAUACGGCUUAUGAUCAGCAACCUGAAGGGCUACCUGGUCGAAAGUUCGGAUCUGCGCGCCGCCUACUGCGAAUAUGGUGACGCCGAGGAACUGGAUCUCGGUUCCGUGAUGGAAGAUGCCCUCUACAAAUGCAUCCUGAAGCCACUGAGAGAGAUGAUUUAUGCCCAGUUGCUGGACUUCCACACCCGGGACGGGUCUCUGAACCGUUUGCGUGAGAAUCAGCGGAUCUUGAGCCAGCAAAGCUUGGAAGAGCUUGGCGUGGCAGCCGGGGUGCCCGACGCGGCUUGCCUGGAGCGUAUCCAGGCCAAGCUGAGUCUCCUGCACCAGGCCUACUCGCCCAAGAAGAAGGAGACUCAGAUGCUGAAGGUCUGCAAGAUGCUUUACGAGGCCAUGAACCACCAUUGCGAGAAGGCAGAGCCGUUUGGUGCCGAUGACUUCCUGCCCGUCCUCAUCUACAUGCUGGUGCGCUGCGAUGUGGUGUCCGUACAGUUGGAUGUGGAGUACAUGAUGGAGCUGAUGGAUCCCAGUCAGAUGCAGGGAGAAGCUGGCUACUACCUCACCACCUGGUUCGGGGCUCUCUACCACAUCGAAAACUUCCAAGCGCCUUUUACCCUCACCAGGCAGAUCAGCAUGGAGGCCCAGCACUCCAUCCAUCAGUGGCAUCGACGCCGCACCAUCCAUCACCACCAUCGCCGCAAUGUGCAGCACAUCUUCUACGUCUCCUUCCACGAACCCUUCAACAACCAGAAGACCAUCUCCGUCCCUCCCGACAUGACCACGGCGUUGGUCUGCGCAGCCUGUGCGGUGAAGUAUGGCGUCUCCGACGCUGCCGCCUACGGCCUCUUUUUGGUAUCGGACAACUCCGCUCAACUCUUAACAGAAGACAGCUGCCCACAGAAGAUCCGUGGAGACCUUCUGCAAAGAGAAGGCAGCAGUGUCAAUUUUGUUUACAAGCUCAAAAAUAGCCCCCCGACUGUCUCUGGUUCCGGCCUGCUUCAGGAGGCUGAGACCAACGAGCCUCUUGAAAAGGUGGGGAUGGAGCAGUUGGAUGGGGAUUGA